AUGUCUACUGGAUUUGUCCUACUUCUUCUGUAUGUUGAUGAUAUGAUUAUUACUGGUUCUAAUAAUGCUUCGAUUCAAAGCCUUAAACAGCUGUUACAAGCAUCGUUUCAUAUGAAAGAUCUUGGUAAUUUGCAUUACUUUCUUGGUCUUGAAGUUCACUCUACAUCUAAGGGUAUAUUCCUCCAUCAACACAAGUAUGCCACCAAUUUAAUUUAUAUGGCUGGUCUCCAAUCGGCUAAUCCAGUGGAUACUCCUCUCGAGGUUAAUGUUAAAUAUCUUCGUGAUGAUGGUGAUCUCUUGCCUGAUCCCUUAUUGUAUCGUCAACUCGUGGGUAACCUUAAUUACUUGAUUAUUACUCUCUUGGACAUAUCUUUUGCUGUUCAACAAGUAAGUCAAUUCAUGCACUCUCCUCGCCACCUUCACUUGGCAACAGUUCGUCACAUGAUUUGUUACUUGAAGGGAAGCUCUCAUCGUGGUUUAUUCUUUCCUAGUGGAGUUGCUCCUAAAUUAAGUGUUUAUAGUGAUGUCGAUUGGGCAGGGUGUCCUGAUACUCGACGAUUUGUCACUGAUUGGUACAUGUUUCUUGGAUCUUCAUUGAUCUCAUGGAAAAGUAAGAAACAAGCGAGAGUCUCUAAAUCUUCUACUGAAUCUCAGUAUCGUGCCAUGUCUGUUGCUUGUUCUGAAAUAAUUUGGCUUCGUGGUCUUUUGGCUGAACUUGGGUUUCCUCAAAUAGAGCCAACUUCACUUUAUGCUGACAAUACAAGUGCCAUCCAAAUUGUUGCGAAUCCUGUUUUUCAUGAACACACCAAACAUAUCGAAGUUGAUUGUCACUCAAUCUGUGACGCAUAG